CGGGCCGAGCCGAGCCGGGCGGCGGGGGAGGCCGCGGCGUGUCGUGCCGUGCGGGGGGCAGCGGGUCCGGGGCAGCGGGGCGGCCGGAGCCGGGGGGGGAAGCCCCGCUCGGAGCAGCCGGCGCGGCGGCUCCGGCAGGUGGCACUGGCCGCCUCGCCCGCCCGCCUCCCCCGCUCCCCCCCCCGGCCCGGGCUCCGCCGCCGCGCUCAGUCCGCCGGCGCCGAUGCUGCUGAGCGGAGCGGCGGCCGGCUCGGAGCGCGGCGGGGCGGGCGGCGGGGCGGGGGCCGGGGCCGGCGGGGCUCCGCAGUGCGUGGGCACUAUGGCCCGUUGGCUCCGCGAGCACCUGGGCUUCCGCAGCGCCAAGCCCGCGCCCCCCGCGCCGCCCAAGCCCGACUACCGCGCCGGGCCGCCGCCGCAGCCGCCCCCGCCGCCCGGGGGCGCGGCCGAGCCGCUGGCCGCCGCCCAGCCCGACAUCGUGGCGGCCUACCGGCUGCAGAAGGAGCGCGACUUUGAGGACCCCUACAGCGCAGCACCGCCGCCCGCCACCCCUGACGGGCCCCGCUACAUCUCGCCCAAGCACCGGCUCAUCAAGGUGGAGGCGACUGAGAAGGUGCCCGCCAGCCCCCCGCCGCUGCCGCCCGCCGCCUCCAGCUCGUCCCCGGCCGGCCCAGAGCUGCCCGAGGAGCCGCCGCAGGAGCUGGCUGUCCUGGAGGACUACGCAGAUCCCUUCGAUGCAGCACAGGUGGCUGGUAGCCAGGCAGGGCUGGAGAAGGUGGCAGAGAACGAUGGAUACAUGGAGCCAUAUGAAGCCCAGAAAAUGAUGGCUGAGAUCCGCCAGAAGGGCUUGCGGGAUGCUCCUGCCCGGCCGCUGCACCUCUAUGACACUCCCUACGAGCCUGUGCUUGGAGGGCUGGACAUGGAUGGCGACCGCCUCACUUGCUCCAGGCCCAGGGAGUCCCGACUGCCUGAGGACGAUGAGCGGCCACCGGAGGAGUACGACCAGCCCUGGGAGUGGAAGAAGGAGCGGAUCUCCAAAGCCUUUGCAGUUGAAAUCAAGGUCAUUAAAGACCUGCCAUGGCCACCGCCGGUGGGACAGCUCGACAGUGGUGAAAGCCCCCUGGACGGUGAGGCCGGUGCCUCUGUCCCUCCGCAGCAUGGCCAGCCCAGCUACGAAGACGCCAAUGGUCCAUCAGAGGGGCUGGGAUAUGGCCGUACCUCACCCUGCAGGGAGGAGAAGGCCAGAGCCACUCUCAGGCAUGGCUCCAGCAGCCUCAAGAGCACGAAGAUGCUGAUUGCUGAGCCUGGCCCCUUCGUCGGGGAGAGGAUUGACCCUGCCCUGCCCUUGGAGAGCCAGUGUUGGUACCACGGGGCCAUCAGCCGGACAGAUGCAGAGACGCUGCUGAGGCUGUGCAAGGAGGCCAGCUACUUGGUGCGCAACAGUGAGACCAGCAAGAAUGACUUCUCCCUCUCCUUGAAGAGCAGCCAGGGCUUCAUGCACAUGAAACUGUCCCGGACCCAAGAGAACAAGUACGUGCUGGGUCAGCAUAGCCCACCCUUCGACAGCGUGCCGGAGAUCAUUCAUCACUAUGCCAGCCGCAAGCUGCCCAUCAAGGGGGCUGAGCACAUGUCCUUGCUUUACCCAGUGGCUAUCCGUACCCUAUAGUACUCACCCCUCCAUAAGCCAGGCUCGAGGCCGGGUGCACCUGAAACUGGCCUGUCUGCCGGGCCAAGCGCCACUGUGGCAAGGAUGGGCUGCAGACCGGCAGUGCAUGAGCAGCUUGCUGAGCAUGGCCAGUGCUGUUGGGGAUUGCUGCAGCUGGACCCCUCGAUCCCAUUCUCUGGGGGGGCUUCCAUGUGCUGGUUUGCCCACUGGGACAGCGCUGGGGAGACCCCCUGCACAAGGAGCUGAGUGGGGCUCACCAGCUGCCUGCCUGCCCUCGCCUGCCUCUGGGCAGAGUUCUGGACACGAGGACUGGAGCUGGGGCCUUGGAGAGGCUGGGGAGGGGACAAUGUUUGGGAAAAGGGGAGAAAUCACCUGGCAGCAGGCCUCAGGUGCCUCUGUGAGGGUGCCUGGCUCUGCAGGAGACAAAAUGGCUGUGCCGACAGGUGAGGAGGCUGGCAGGGGGCAAAUGGGGGCCUGCCUGGGGCUAGUGAGGCACAGGGGAGCCAGGCAGACUGGUGGUGGCCCCCACCCACACAGGUGCUUGGUACGUACCACCAUCCUUUGCCAAAUGUAUAUAGUGACUGGUCUCAGCCGUGCGUGCAGCAUCAGUGCCUAAUAAAGCAGUGCAUGGUUGCCUCCUGCUCCAUGGGGACCACGCGCCUGCGUCCCACCACCUUGAGUGGUAGAUUGGUGUGGCAAAACGGUGGGGAGGGGAAUUUUAUUACACAAAAACUCUAAACAAAUGGAUUUUUCCUUCGUUCUUGCAUACACUGAGACUUGUGUGUCUGAGUGGUCCAGCCAGCUCCGUCAUCUGAGACAAGGGAUACAAGACACCAGUGGUCAUGUCCUUGGUAUGUUUUUGGGACCCUUUGUGGGCUGCAAUGAGCUGAUUUUGGACUCACCUGUUAUUCCUUGUAGAAGGGGGUGCUUUUUGGGAUCUUUUGCCUUAUUGUUUUCCUUCACCCCUCAUAAAUCUUGGGCAAAAUC